CUUGAUCCGAAACUCAUCAGCCCGCCAACCUCUCAGGCCGCAGUUUUCAUCAACGGCCGUUCCCAUCUUCUAUGAGUUCCCAGUCUUCCUACAACUCCAUCUCCUCCUCGCAUACCUCCUAGGUGCUGAUUGAAAUCCAUUCGUCCUGUUGCAAAAUGCUCGAUGAUCACGUCUGUUGAGCUCGCGCCGGCUCCCUAUCCUCGUUUGCCUCCUAACUGCCAGCCAUUUGCUGGUGCUUACUCUCGAUCGCCUCUACGUCCCUAACAUCAUCAUCCUCUGUCCUCCUUCCACAUAAUGGCUCCAAGUCCUGUAUCACUCCCCGAUUCCGACGAUGAAUCUACCCCCGCCGGGCUCCUCAGUCCCUGGAGACCUCCUCGACGAUCCAUUUCCACUGGCAGAAGUUCUCCGUUCGCUCAAGGUCGAUCAACAGCAUGGCGGGAUGAGCUGAUCAAUAAUGCUGAGAAAAUGAGCCGCCGUGCGUUUAGAGUGUGGGGUGGUAUGACACUGCUGCAAAAAAUUCUCGCCUGCGUCGGUCUGGCGGCGUUGGCCACCCUAGGUGUCCUGUUCCUUGCGUUCAACGAGCGUAUCUUCGGCUGGCUCGAACCCCUCGCCGAACGCUGGAAACACACGACCGGGGGCUGGACAAUCCUCUGGGCAAUCGUCUUUGUCUGUGCAUUUCCGCCCGUCAUUGGAUAUUCCACUGCCGGCACCACCGCCGGCUUCGUAUAUGGCGUCGGCGAGGGCUGGCUUAUUCUUGCGUCCGCGACCGUGGCCGGAUCUUUCUGCGCUUUCAUCGUCUCGAGAAGUAUCCUACGGAAGUGGGUAGAGCGCAUGAUCGCUCACGACAAGAGAUUUGCCGCUUUCAGCCUCAUUCUGAAGCAUGACGGGUUGAAGCUGUUGGCCAUGAUCCGACUCUGUCCUCUGCCUUAUUCCUUAUCGAACGGCGCGAUGUCCACUUUUCCUACAGUCAGCCCGGCGAUGUACGCCCUGGCCACGGCGAUGGUCACCCCCAAGCUGUUGGUGCAUGUCUUUAUUGGAAGUCGCUUGGCCGUCAUCGCACGCACGCGGGAGAAGAUGACUAUGGGAGAUCGAGCCAUCAACUACGGAAGUAUUGCAUUGGGUGCCGUAGUGGGUAGCCUUACGGGAUUGUACAUCUAUCGACAGACGAUGGCUCGAGCCAAGCAGCUCGAGGCUGACGAGACCAACUCCAUUCGAGACGCCGCACGACGAACCGGUCUCCCGCCGCCAGAUUUCAGUGACGAUCCCGAGGCUCAGGCCGCCGCGGACACAGUUGCUGACGACACGAUGGACUACUUUGACGAAUCGCCUAAUGAGCGACCAAGGUAUCAUGAUGAAACGGACGACGAUGAAGAUGUCUUUCGAAAAGGCGAUGGAGAUGAUGAUGAACCUGUGAUUGCCAACAUCGGUCUGCAUCAGCAAAAGAAAUACGAGGGCGCAUGAAUGGUCGUUUUGACGGAUAACAGGCUCUGGGAACAAGUUUGGUAGAUUACGAUAGACUCGUGGGGAGCCUCAGGGAAUGAGCGAAGGUGUAUACUCGGUAGACAACGGAGGCCCCAAUCUCGCGUGUCUAGGGCGCCGUGUAUCAAUUUGGCUGUUCGCUGCAUCUCCUUCGCUGCUACCAAUGCCCCUCUAAUCAUUCGAUGUUACAGACAACCUAGGCUGUGCAUGGCUGUCCCGUGGCCA